AGUUGAAGUGGACCAUCUCUAUCUUGUGGGUGCUACCUGUGGAGCUCAAUCCAAGAAGAUGGGGGGUCUCCCUUCUCCCUCAAUUCUUUCUCCCUCAAUUCUCCCAAUCAUUUUGGCACUUUGGCUCUUCUUCCAGGGCUCUCACCAAAUCAGCAGGAAUGAUUUCCCAUCGGACUUCGUAUUUGGUGCUGGAACCUCAGCUUUUCAGGUUGAAGGUGCUGUAUCGGAGGAUGGGAGGAGCCCGUGCAUUUGGGACACUUUUACUCAUGCUGGGAAAAUGGCGGACAAAAGUACAGCCGAUGUAGCUUCUGAUCAAUACCACAAAUACAAGGAGGAUGUGAAGCUCAUGAGUGACAUAGGCCUAGACGCAUACAGGCUAUCAAUCUCCUGGUCAAGGCUCAUACCAGGAGGAAGAGGAGCAGUGAAUCCCAGAGGCUUGCAAUAUUACAAUAAUCUUAUCAAUGAACUUACUAGAAAUGGAAUUCAGCCUCAUGUUACUCUUCACCAUCUAGACCUCCCUCAAGCACUUCAUGAUGAAUAUGGAGGAUGGCUGAGCCCUAAGAUUGUGGAGGACUUCACAGCAUACGCAGAUGUAUGCUUCCGGGAAUUUGGAGACAGAGUGUCCUACUGGAGCACCAUCAAUGAGGCCAAUGUAUUCGCAGUCGGCGGGUAUGAUACCGGAAUGAUCGCGCCUGGCCGCUGCUCCAACCCCUUUGGCCGCAACUGCACUGCCGGAAACUCCUCAGUGGAGCCUUACAUUGUUGCACACCAUGAGUUGCUGGCUCAUGCAGCAGUUGCCAAGCUCUAUAGGGAAAAAUAUAAGGCCAAACAAAAUGGUUGGAUUGGUAUCGCGAUCUAUGCCUUCUGGUUCUCUCCUUAUUCAAAUUCAACGGAAGACGUCGCCGCAACACAAAGAGCCCUUGAUUUCAUGUUUGGAUGGAUUCUGCACCCAUUGAUUCAUGGGGACUACCCGGAGUCAAUGAAGAAGCAUGUGGGCUCAAGGCUGCCGAGCUUAAACCGAACCCAGGUGGACCAAGUCAAGGGCUCAAUAGACUUUAUUGGGCUGAACCACUACAGCACAGUGUAUGUGAAGGAUCAAGCCAACAGCCCAGACAGUCAGAGAGACUGGGGUACAGAUAUGUCUGCCCAAUUGAUACUAUUUCCUGAUAACUCAAGUUCUGAGUUUUCCUUGUUCGACUUGCCAGUAAGACCAUGGGGCUUGAAAUGCUCAUUGGAGUACAUCAAGAUAGCUUAUGACAAUCAUCCUGUCUUUAUUCAUGAAAAUGGUUUCGGAACACCGCCGGACGUCGGACUGAACGAUACCGAACGCGUGGAUUACUUGAAUGCGUAUCUUGAGAGCUUACUUGCUGCAGUAAGAAAUGGAUCAAAUGCAAGAGGGUACUUUGUGUGGUCCUUGAUUGAUGUGUUUGAGGUUCUGGGUGGGUAUGAGGUGAGCUAUGGGCUGUAUGAAGUGGACUUCAAAGAUAAAGCCCUUCCAAGGUCUCCAAAGCUCUCUGCUCAUUGGUACUCCAACUUCCUCAAGAGGAACCACACCAGCAGCAUCAAAGGGCAGCCUCUUCAAUCUCAUUUCACACAGUAGUAUUUUGCAAAUUAAUUGUAAUUAAAUAUCAAAAAACAUGUAUUAUUUUAUCUCUUUUUAUCUCCUCCCUCUUUUUAUUUCAUAUUACUUACUCAAAGAUAUAAGUUGUCAGAUCAAUUAAAGUUACAUGUUAGUUUUCCUGCCAAUAUACUUUGUUGUUCU